UCACGCGUUCCAAACGUUUACUAAGAAAACCAAAGUUUUAAUGUAUUAAUUACAAUAUUUUUAUUUAUUUAGACCCUUAAAAUGAUUGGUUAAGUGCGCGAUUUUGUUUCUGGAGAAGACAAGUUGUCUUGCUUAUGUCAAUGUUUGUUUACAUUUCGGGUGACGUGACACCAAAAAUAGAAUCUUUAAAUAAACCGGCGAUGACCCCGAUGUUCAAAAAGCUGUUCAAAAUGGGAGAGUUUAUUUAUUUUUUCGGCAAUGAGUGAAGAUGAAAGUGAUGUUGACAUUGCAGUAUCAAUUCAAGUUCCUAUUAUAAAAUCAGAUUCUGAAACUCAAACAAGUGGUCGAAUAAUUUCAAGAUCAAGAACACCUGUUAGGAUAAAAGAAGAUAUAGAUACAAUGGAGGUUGAUCCACAGUCACAGUCUAUGUCCAUAAGAAAAAGAAGAAAUUUAUCCAAAAAUCGAGGUUUGGCAACAAGACAGAGAGAAAAAACGCCAGAACCAGGUAGAAUAUCUGUUCCUCAUGAAGACACAACAUCUGAGGAUGAAGAAACACAUCCACAACGAUCUUCACGUGAAAUUGAGGCUGAUAAUACUUAUGAAGAAAUGAAACGCUUAGUUCAAGAACAAGCGAAGGCAAUAGACCCUGUGUAUGAUAUAAAUACAGACGAAAUACUAGAAGCAAGAGUCGUGGCAGCAAAUGAAAGAAGAAGAAGAAGUAUUUCCCCUUUUGCUUUACCGGACAAAGAUGAAAUCAUAAAAUUGGAGCGUAAAGGUAGUUUUAUUGAUCCUAGUAAUAAAUUACUUAGUACUAAUUAUUGUUUGAGUCCUAAGGAUGAAGGUUCCAGUCGUAGAGGGUCAUUGACGAUAGAAUAUCAAGAAAAAAGUGAUACGAGAAAUUUGUUAUCAACACCUCCACUUUCACCAAAAGAAAAAGAGCUUCCACAAUCUUUUCCUACUCCUCCAAAAAAGUUAGAGGAAAUUAUAUAUCCAGAUGAAGUCAAUAAAGACCCAAGUAAAAAGACCAAAACUCCUGUCAAAAAAGAAGAGCUUCCUCCCAAAGAAAAGGACAUCAAACAAAGUCAGAAAUCUAGAACAGUUAAAGACACAGAUCUGGCAACUCCUGGUGAGCUCGUAACCAAAGUUAUAGAAGUAGAAAGAACGCCUAGCAAAAAACUGACACAAGAUCUGAAACCCGCGGUGGAAAUAAGAGAAAGAGUUGUAAGAACGCCAAGUAAAAAAUCAUCCACUGAUGUGAAACCAGUCAUAACAAAACAAAUACCUUCUAAACAAGCGAAUGAAUCACAAAGUAAAGUGCCACCUGUAAAACCUGCGAGAAGUAAAUCCUCAUCCAGAUUCGUGAGUAAAACUAGUGAAAGUGAAAUGAGUGAAGAUCAAACAUAUCAACAAAGCAGUAAUACUAAUGGAACAAGGCGAAAAGUAGUACCAACUCCUCGUCGUUUUUUGAAAAACAGAUCCCCGAGAUCUAAACGCUCACAUUCGGUCAAUAGAGUUGAAGAUACUAAAUUUUUUGAUAUAACAUCAACGGGGAUGAGUCAAACUAGUCAAGAAAUAAUAGAAUUAAUGCAAAAAGCUAGGGCUCGAAGUUUAUCUUUACCUAAAGAUGAUCAAAGGCUACCAACAGAAUAUAAACGAUAUAGUAAAAUCUUACAGACACCAAACAAAACUCCUGUGACGCUAAGACAAACUAGAGGUAUUUCAUGCCCAAAAACUAUUCAGAUUAUAAGUGAUAGGGAAAUUCUAUCAGGAUUAACGUCUAAGCCUAAAGUUAAACGCGAUGCUGAAAAACUACAUAAGCGAGUUGUUGUUGAUGCAAGCCAAUCAGAAUACACAUCUAGUUGUUAUUCUAGUUCACCCAGUGAAAAUGAAUAUGAAUUUGAUUUACUAGAACGAUCAGCUGAGCUAACGCGUAAACUUAAACUCUUAAGCCAUGAAAAUAAUACCAAAGAAUUUCAACGUAAUUUCAUUAGUCAACAUAACCUAGAAAAAUAUGAAGAUAUUAUACCAAAAUCUACAUUAAGAAAACGAACAAUAGCCGAUAAAAAUAAAGCGAAGAAAAUCGAAGAAAAGGAAGAAUUUAAUAAAAAUACUCUUAAAGGUGAAAAAGUAAUCGAAGAUAAAACAGCUACACUAUCACUAUGGAAAUUUAUUGCGAACUGGCGCCAGUUUAAAAACGAACACAUCGAUGAUUAUAAUAAAUUGAGAUUACUCAGAAACAGAUGUAUUUGUGAUCUAUUAUUAUUAAUAUUUAUGUGUGGCUUAGGGGGAAUGCUAUUUAAAACAUUAGAAGGAUCUUUCGAAAAUGCUUAUAAAUGCGGUACAAGAGGUGUAAAACGAGAUUUUAUUGAGUCCCUUUGGCGUGAAAGUUAUCGUCUCAAAGAAGAAGAGUGGAAAUCGUUAGCUAGAAGGAAACUUCAUGAAUUUGAAGACCAAUUGCAUACAGCUCAUGAAGCUGGCGUGACAUCCUAUAGUGGACAGAAAUCUUGGAACUUUAUGAACUCAUUUGUCUAUUGUUUGACAUUAGUAACAACUAUCGGUUACGGGCACAUAGCUCCAAAAACAACCUAUGGACGGGUGGCUACAAUUGGGUAUGCUAUUAUUGGCAUCCCUCUUUUCUUGAUUGUACUCGCUGAUUUUGGAAAACUAUUUACAAGAAUUAUUAAAUUCUUUUGGGCUUUCAUACGUAGAUUUUACUAUACGAGAAGCUGUAAAAGUGUGAGAAAAACAGCACCUAUGCAGGAAGUCAUGAAAGGCCUGAAUAUUGUUUACGACGUGGUACGUCGACCUUCUCAAAUAUUUAAUGAAGAAGACGUAGAAGGUUCAAUACACGAGGGUCAUCCACCGCCGGUGGUAAGAAAACCAAGUGAUGUCCCACCUCCUCUACCACCGAAACCUGGCACUUUAAGAGAAAUUGAAAUCGACACAGAACCAGAUACACCCGCACCUUCGGUAUUCGAAAUAGACGAUGAGUUCAAUCUACCUAUAUCCGUAGCUAUAUUCAUUUUAGUUGUUUACAUAAUUAUUGGUGCGGUAGGUUACAAUUUUUGGGAGACUUGGAACUUCUUUGAAUCCUUCUAUUUUGUUUUUAUAUCAAUGUCAACAAUUGGUCUCGGAGAUUUAGUUCCUGAUCAUCCUAUGUUCAUGAUGGCCUCAAUAUUAUACCUUGUGUUUGGUCUUGCUCUUACAUCUAUGUGUAUAAAUGUCGUUCAAGUUAAAUUGUCUGAUACAUUCAAGCAAGCAAGUGCAAAACUUGGAGCUACUAUUGGCCUUAAAGUGGCUGAAGAAGAUGGUAGUUUGGUACCUAUUACUCCACCACCUAUAGAAGUGCCUGCAGUUCACAAAUCAAAGUCAGAAAUAGAAGAAAUUAAAAGUAAAGAAGAUGAUGACGCUAAAACAAGAUAAAUAAUUGUGAAAUCGGUUGUUAUUUGAGUAGACGUGUGACUUUUAUAACAUACGCAUAAGUGAUACUGUUAAUUAUUAUUAUUUAUGAUUUUUUUUUAUAUAAUUUUGUACAAAACUUUAUAUUGAUGUUUGUUGGUGUGUGUAAAUAAAGAUUUUUAUAGUUAA